GCGAAUUGUCAGGCAUCCAACAUCAGUUCCCUCACUGUCUCCGUGCACUCAAACUCUCUCAAUCAUCGUCCCUCUCGUUCACCGUUCUGCCAUUUUGACUUGCACGCCCAGUGUCCUGCGCCUCAUUGUCUGGAGAUAGCCUUGGAGCGCCACAAAUAGGCUAGUAGCUUCGGCGCGGCAUUCGACUCUCAGAAUGGGUGGACGCAGGCCGCGUGCCCGGUCUCCGAACCAAGUUACGGAGACGGGCAAGAAGCUGCCAGCGGUGUUUACCGUGGCGCCAUCCAAUGCACCGGCUGUGCAUGAUAGGCACCAAGUCUCCACGGCUGUGCAGACCAGUUCCAAUCUUCAGCACUCCGCUGGCUUCCGUGAAGGCCUCCAGAACCUGAUUGGUCAAUCGCUUCAAUCAUCGCCCACUCCCAAGGGACGUAACAGCGAGAACUUGGGUGCGACCAAUUCAUCUAACUCUCUCGGCCUGGCCUUGGCCGGAUCGGAUCCUCGUCAAACUUCUCUUCGCACCCAGCAAGAAUUCCUUCGGAACGUCCCCAAAGGUAGAGAACUCCGGCUUCGACCGCGAUCAGGAAACCUUGAUGACCCAUUUGAACAAACGACCGAUGGACCCAUCGGAAUGGAAACUCUCAUUACCCAGCUCAAGGAAUCCGUUGCCCUGCUCAGCGAAAUCAUUGCCCAUCACAACAAAACCGUUGAGGCGCUCAUGAAGGAUAACCAAAGCGUUCGAGGAACCGUAUCAUUUCUCACCCAGAUGUUGCUGAACCGAGAUGCUGCCGCCACAGGUAAUUUUCAAACAGACCAAGAUGUUAACGAUGGCAUGGCAACAAUCGAAUCGGUAGUUGAGCGGACUCACGGCUGGGAAGCCAACUUGGUGUCUCCUCGACCUUGUCCGUCACGGCGGGUGGGUUCUGUCGGCCUCAGCCCCGCGGCGCUUCGGCGUUUCGAAUUGGGUGUGGGGGAGUUCGGUAACGGAGAUUCGGUGGUCACGGAGAGCCAGGUCAGCCAUGGGACAAGUCGUGCUCGGGAUGGAAAACAUCCAAGCAACUCCGAUGACGAGGACGACAAAGCGGCUCUCAGCACUCAGUCUACCCCCUCGCCAGCUGAUCAUUCUUGGCUCAGCCCUGCGGCACUUGCACGUUUCACGGCCCCGUGGUCGCCAGAGACACCGCCGGUGCUCCACAUCAAUCAUUUCCGUCGGGGACAUGAGAAUAUUCACGACGGUGUGGGCGGUGUCGACGAGGCUGAAAUGGCAUCUCAUACAACAAGUGAAGCACUAGAAGGCUCGAUGUAUUCCUUCUCGAGUGAAGGGCCCUGCUCCUCAUCGAUCUCGUGGAUCUGACCGGGUAGAAGUGAGCUCACACGAUGACUGAUU